AUGGCAAGUUUAAGAAGUAGAGGAGAAAUUCUCUUAGCAACUGCAUCAUCUGGUAUAGCUGCAACAUUGUUACCCGGUGGUAGGACUGCACACUCUCGAUUUAAGAUACCUAUUGAUAUUCAAUCGAGUUCCAUUUGUGGUAUUCAAAAGCAAAAGGAUCUUGCAAAUAUCAUUAGAGUUGCUGCCGCAAUAAUUUGGGAUGAAGCACCAAUGACAAACAAAAAUUGUUUGGAAGCCUUAGAUCGAUCAUUACAAGACAUUUGUAGCAACAAUGCUCAAUUUGGUGGAAAAUCUCAUUUAUGGAAUCAUACCAAGAUUUUGCAUUUGCGUCAAAAUAUGCGAUCAUUGCAUGAUCAAGAGUUUGCAGAAUUUCUUAUUCGCAUUGGUGAUGGCGUUGAACCUACCAAACCAAAUGACAUGGUGAGGUUACCUUUACAUAUUGCAAUCCCAUGGGAAGGUGAACAUUCCAUACAAGUACUUAUCCAACAUAUUUUUCCUAAUUUAGAAUUGUAUGGUUGGGAUGCCCCAUAUAUGGUACAAAGAGCUAUUUUGACACCAACAAAUGAUGAUGUCCGGAAAUUGAAUGAUAUGAUUAUCGAUCAGUUUCCAGGAGAAGAACAUAAUUUGUUAUCGUUUGACGAGGUUGAAGGAGAUAAUCAUAAUUUAUACCAGCAAGAAUUCUUAAACUCAAUUGCACUAGGUAGUUUGUCACGACAUAUUCUAAAGAUAAAAAAGGGGAAUAUAUUGGAUGUGGAAAUCUUGACAGGAAGCAACGCAGGAAAACGUGCUUUUUUGCCUAAAAUUAAAAUAAAAACAUUUGCAGGUGAUGAACUGCCUUUUGUCCUUAGUAGAAAGCAGUUUCCUGUGCGACUAAGUUUUGCAAUUACAAUAAAUAAAUCACAAGGACAAACCAUUCCAAAUGUUGGAAUAUAUCUUCCACGACAUGUUUUUAAUCAUGGACAAUUAUAUGUGGCUUUAUCCAGGGGUGUUUCACAGACUACAACAAGAGUUUUAACCAGGGAAGGAAAAUUGAAAGGAGAAGAUGGUGACUACACAAAAAAUGUAGUCUACAAGCAAAUUAUUUUAUCGCACCCGCAGAUAACAGACUUUGAAGAUAAAUGGAACACAUGGAAGGAUGAACAAAGUAUUUCAUCCAUCGGCAAACUCGACAAUAAGGUCAAACGUUUGAAAAUUUACUCCAUCGAUUGGAGCUCCACCGUGAUAACAGAUGAAACACAACUUUGGAAAAUGUUUUUUAAAUCUCAAGAGCGCAUUGAUAAAGGGGUGUACGAAGAAUUGAUUCGAGUCUUUAUAAGGGAAAAAGAAAAUACUUCGAAUAGAGAUUUCAUGUUCGGCAUUCCUCUUAAAGAACGUAAUUGA